AUGCUUUUUCGGCCUUCGUGGAGGAUUGGUGAAGAGUGUUUUCUUCUUCCGCUGUUGCUGCAGGCGGGGUGGGCGUUGGGCGUCGGGCAGGUGCGGUACUCGGUGCCGGAGGAAGCGAAGGCCGGGACGGUGGUGGGCCGGCUGGCGCAGGACCUGGGCCUGGAGGCGGGCGAGGCGGAGGCUUGGCGGCUGCGGCUGGUGGCGCAGGGCCGGCGGGCGAGCGUGGAGGUGAGCGGGGCGAGCGGGGCGCUGGUGGUGAGCUCGCGGCUGGACCGGGAGGAGCUGUGCGGGAAGAGCGCGCCGUGCGCCCUGCGGCUGGAGGUGCUGGUGGAGCGGCCGCUGCGCGUCUUCCACGUGGAGCUGGAGGUCACCGACAUCAACGACAACGCCCCGCUCUUCCCCGCCGCCCGGAAAAACCUCAGCAUCGCGGAAUUCACCACGCUGCCGGGCUCUCGGUUCCCGCUGGAGGGCGCGUCGGAUGCAGACAUCGGAGCCAACGCGCAGCUCUCCUAUACACUCAGCCCCAGCGACCACUUCUCUCUGGAUCUGCGGAAAACCGAGGAAGACGACGAGUCCUUAUUCCUGGUGCUCGCGAAAUCUCUGGACCGCGAGACGAUGCCUGUGCACCGGUUGGUGUUGACGGCGAGUGACGGGGGCCGGCCGUCGCUGACGGGCACGAUGGAGCUGGUGAUCUCGGUGCUGGACGCCAACGACAACGCGCCCCAGUUCAACCAGUCGGUGUAUAAAGUGCAGCUGCCGGAAAAUACGGAACGCGGCACUUUAGUGAUCAGACUAAACGCCACGGAUCUGGAUGAGGGGACGAACAGGAAUAUCUCGUAUUCUCUCCAGAAGGUGUUCCCGCAGGAUGGAGGGGACGUUUUCGAGCUCGACAGAAACAGCGGAGAGAUCCGUCUUAGGGGUGACUUAGACUUUGAGGUCGUUGGUCUCUAUCGCCUGCAAGUGGAUGCAGCGGAUCAGGGCAACCCACCGCUGUCGGGUCACUGCAAGGUGGUGGUGGAGGUGGUGGACGUGAACGACAACGCGCCGGAGGUGUGGGUGACGUCGCUGUCGGUGCCGGUGCCGGAGGACGCGUCGGUGGGGACGGUGGUGGCGCUGCUGAGCGUGUCGGACCGGGACUCGGGGGCGAACGGGCGGGUGCGGUGCGCGGUGUGGCCGCCGGCGCCGUUCGGGCUGGUGGCGAGGUUCGCGGGCUCGUACUCGCUGGUGCUGCGGGAGGCGCUGGACCGGGAGCGGGUGUCGGAGUACGAGGUGGAGGUGCGGGCGGAGGACGGCGGGGCGCCGCCGCUGCGCGGCAGCCGCGGGGUGCGGGUGCCGGUGUCGGACGUGAACGACAACGCGCCGGCGUUCGCGCAGGCCGUGUACACGGUGCUGGCGCGGGAGAACAACGCGGCGGGCGCGGAGCUGGCGCGGCUGUGGGCGGACGCGGACGAGGCGGGGAACGGGCGCGUGAGGUACUCGGUGGCGGAGCGUGGGCGGGGGCGCGGGGGCGGGCGGGGGUGGCGGGCGGCGUCGAGCUACGUGUCGGUGGACGCGGAGAGCGGGCGCGUGUGGGCGCUGCGUCCGUUGGACUACGAGGAGGUGCAGGUGCUGGAGUUCGAGGUGCGGGCGGUGGACGCGGGGGAGCCGCCGCUGUGCGGCAACGCCACGGUGCAGCUCUUCGUGGUGGACGAGAACGACAACGCGCCGGCGCUGCUGCCGGCGCCGGGCGUCGGGCCGGGGCCCGAGGCGUCGGGCUGGUCGUCGUCGGGUCCGGUCUCGGGGGCGCUGGGCGUGGGCGGCGUGGGGGCGCCGGCGGGGCAGGUGGUGGCGAAGGUCCGGGCGGUGGACGCGGACUCGGGCUACAACGCGUGGCUGCGCUACGAGCUGUGGGAGCCGCGGGGGAAGGGCCCGUUCCGCGUGGGGCUGUACAGCGGCGAGGUGAGCACGGCGCGGGCGCUGGAGGAGGCGGACGGCCCGCGGCAGAGGCUGGUGAUCGUGGUGCGGGACCACGGGGAGCCGGCGCGCUCGGCCACGGCCACGCUGAGCGUGUCGCUGGUGGAGGGCGCCGAGGCGGCGCUGGCGGCCGCGAGCUCGUCGUCGUCGUCGUCGUCGUCGGGAGCGGGGCUACGGCCGGCGGCGGGCGCGGAGGGCGGCGCGGCGGCGGCGUCGGCGUCGUCGUCGGCGACGAACGUGUGGCUGGUGGUGGCCAUCUGCGCGGUGUCGAGCGUGUUCGUGCUGGCGGUGGUGCUGUACGGGGCGUCGCGGUGGUCGCCGCGGGCGGCCGUGGUGUCGGGGCCCGGGCCGGCGACGCUGGUGUGCGCCAGCGAAGUGGGGAGCUGGUCGUACUCGCAGCGCCAGAGCCGGAGCCUGUGCGUGGCGGACGGCGCGGGCAAGAGCGACCUGAUGGUUUUCAGCCCCAACUUCCCGCCGCCGCCCGGCCCCGCGGCGAAGGAGACGCAGCCGGAGCCGCCCGCUCUCCUGGACACGCCAAAACAUCCCAAUCCUGACUGGCGCUACUCUGCAUCCCUAAGGGCAGGAAUGCAAAGUGCUGUGCAUCUGGAGGAGGCAGGAGUCCUGCGUGGAGGACCAGGAGGGCCGGAUCAGCAGUGGCCAACAGUCUCCAGUGCUACUCCAGAACCUGAGGCGGGAGAGGUGUCCCCCCCAGUGGGAGCUGGUGUGAACAGCAACAGCUGGACCUUUAAAUUUGGACCGGGCAAUCCCAAACAAGGUGGUCCUGAAUCUAAAAAGCAGACACAAGUUUCCUUUCUCCUACGCCGAAAAGGAGAAUCUUCACAGUACAGCCAGUGAGAGGUUGGACUCUGCACUGUGGUUCCUGUGCUCCUGUCUUGAUGACACUUACAGGACAGGUUUAAAAGUUUUAAUGUUGUGCACCCUCUAUCUGAUUGGAAAUAUUUGUGUGCAGAUGUCAGCCAGGUGAUAUGAGAUCAGAUUAUAAAAUGCAAGAAGAGCUGGUAAAUAUGCAGCAGAGGAAACACCUAAUGAACACAAAUGUUCAAAGAUGUUCAGGCUGGGGAGGAAAUGUCUGAAAAGAGAUGACCAGACUUUUCAAAUCUUGAGAAGUCACUGUGUGGAAAUACUGAGUCCUAUACAUGACGUAUUGUACACACUCCUGCAAAUAAAACCUCACAUUUACAGCUCUAAGAUACCAUAAAUUUUAUCUCUUACCAAGCAAGCCAUUGGGAAAAUUGUCCCUUAAAGCCCUGCAUUACCCUGGCACGGCUAGCCCUCAGAGUGUAAGAAGGGCUGGGCUGACAUCCCAGGAAUGUAACUGACUGUGAUGCUCUGUGUCCCUAUUUCCACUCUAACAUUAUUUUGCACAUUAUCUCUCUGAAAAGGUCAGAGUUUUUCCACGACACUUAUGCAAAAGAGAGGAAAAAGAAAUGUUAACUAUGCUAUUUGUUAUUUGAGAUAUUUAUUUAUAAAGAAAUAUAGCUGUAAAUGUUAAAGAAAUAUGAUGCCCUUUAACCCAAACAGAAGUCAAUCUAGAGCCAUUAUAAAUUACAAUUGCUGCUAUUAAAGUGCUUUAGAAAAAUUGCCUGAAACAUCUGUAUUAUAUCGGCCACUUGCCAAUAACAGCUUUAUUCUGUCGGGUGACUUGGGGGCUGCCUCUUGCAUGUAUUAAUAAAUACAAGAAUAUCUUCUCUUUUUUUUUGCAUUAAUCUGCACUUUGAAUACACCUUCGCAAACAAACUGUCCUAAUAUGAAGAAGCAGAAGCAAGCUCCUCACACAAAUGGAUUUACUAACCUGCUAGCUCUGUGCAGUACCUUGGUGUUACCUCCCACAAAGCCUUUUCUGAUUUUAGUUUUACUUUUCUAUGAGAUUAUGAAUUUCUGACCCUACUAACACUCAUUAUGUAAAAUUCAAGUACUGUAUGUAUGCUGUAUGCUCUUAUAAGAAUCCUGAAAUAUUUAUUCUGUGCUUGUGUAUGUGAAUGUCAAUGCAACUAUUAUUAGAGUGGACUUUAAGCUUUACCGUUGAAUGUAAAUUCAUUAUUUCUUUUUUGUACACUUGUGAAAAAGUGGAGUAGUGUUAAUUUUUUAAGCCACUGUUGAUUAUCAGUUUUUUGUGUAUGAAACACAAGUAAAAUAUCUUUCUUAAAUCAA